AAAAGUGGAAGCGGAGCAUCUCAGCGAAAAAGCUUUGCUUUUUAUGAGAAUAUGAAAUUUUUACAAGAUCAUGUACAACGAAGAAGAACAUUUACCAACAUUUCACAAAAGAAAGAUAAAGAAAAUGUUACAACGAAAGUGCCACAUUCAAAUCUUAAUUUAGCGAUACAUCGUCCCACUGUUUUCACUACUUCUACAACUCGUUCAGUUUUUUGCUCAAUUUCACCGAAUUCAUUGACAAAUUGUGCAACUACGGUAAAACAAAGUGGGAAUGUUGGAUUACUGAAUACAAUGGAAUCAACGAAUUACAAAACACAUUCUAACUCAUCUAUAUCUGAAACACCUACCGUAAUAGAAAGGACUGAGGAGUCUUCAUUCGAAUCAUCUGCACUAUCACAAGGAUUUUCAACACCAUCAAUUGCUUCGCAACGUGAUAAAUGUUAUUUAACUCCUAGGAAACGACAAAAACCCGAAUCAGAUGACAUUGAAAAAUCAUUCUUGUCAUUAUCUACAACAAUUGCAGAUAAAAUACGAAACUCAAGUACGCAAACGCAAAUAUCAAAGUCAAAUAAAAUCGAAAAGGAUCCAGAAGAUAAAUUCGCAGAAUUAAUAGCAAUUGAAUUAAAACAGCUACCAGAAGAAGAACGUAAAGAAAAGAAAAGAAGAAUAAUUGAUAUUUUAUGGAAUUAAAAAAGCUAUUUAUGUUUUUUAUUUUUAUGUAUGUUAUGGAAUAAAAAAAGCUAUUUAUGUUUCUUAUGUAUUCCAUGGAAUUCUAAAAGUUGUUUAUGUUGUUUAUUAAAUAAAAUUAUAUUUCAUAUGUAUGUA